GAAACACUAUUAUUGGACAGCUGCGACACCCUUAAUGGCAAGGACUGUACAAUAAAAAAACGAAUGAACAAAUUGUGAGUUUGAAUAGCUUUUUCCCUUAAUGCGACAUGAGUGACUCUGAGUAUGCACUAAGCGUGGACUUAUUCGGUCCACACAUUGAAUCGACAAAAAAUUUAGGCAAGUGAUACCAUCUAGCCCUUAUAAUGUUGGCGAUUAACAAUAGAAUAGACGGUGACUGGUCUAGUCCAUUGAAUGAUACCAAUAGCUCGGCAUGUAGCGACAGCACUGGUAGCCCACGUGACUUAGUUGUCGAAGACUCGAAUUAUGCGGGCGGCGUUAAUAUUUCAGACUUGCAACCUGCGGUACCAGACGACAGCUCCAGCUUUGGCGAGGGAAGUCUACCCGAAAUCGAAAGACAGCACAGGAGACACACGCGAGAAUCUCCUCCAGUGGGUAGAAUAGUGAGAUGCGACAGAGCUAUUAAUUGCAGUAGAGCGCUACUUGAGGUCCUCGAAAGAAUGAAUCCAGAAGUAAAGAUUGAAGUUUCUGUUCACAUUACUGGAACAACGGAGCAGGGCGUGCAAUAUCCUUCAUCUUUAAUACGGAUACAGCGUUGUGAUUGUAUGGUUUGCGGUGUUGAACAGCUUCAUAUAGCCGUGCCGUAUCAAUGCAAGCACAAGUAUUCGAAAAAAUCUGCAGAAUUAAAAUUAGGGAUGGACAAGACUAAUAAUUCGACUUCGGGACUCAGCAAUAGCGCAGUUGUUAUAAGAACAACAGAUGACAGGGCACUUUAGCAACUUUGUUGAAAAG